GUUUGACUUAGUUCCUUGGGCCGCGCUGCCAGCAGACUCAGAACAUUUCACGGUAACGGCUAUGCGUGGAUUCAUCCUAUCGGCCACUGCUCGGACAGCCAUCUAUCGCUGGAGUUCGUAAGCAACAGCGCAGACGGAUUAUUACUACACAGCGGAGCGUCAAGAGCCAGUAAGAACUUCAUCGCAGUUGAGAUUACGAGCGGCCGGCUCCUUCUCAUCUUCAGACAAGACCUGACCACGCUGAGGCUCGGCUUUCCAGAGCAGGAGAACGUUACAGUUGGAGAAUGGCAUCGGAUAGACCUGUGCAUAAAAGAUAAAGUAAUCAGCCUGACUCUGGAUCGCUGCCGCACGGCUUUGAUAAAUGAGACAGAGGGGAUCGGAGGAAAGCUACUUACAGAGGAUCGAACGAGUUGUGAAGUCCACGGCGUCAUCAUGCAGGACAGAAGGUUUUGGGAGCCGGAUACCGUUCUGCAGCUCGGAGGCGUUAAGCAGUCAUCUCCUCGUUCCCACAAUCUCCUUCCGCACAAACCCUUUAAAGGCCGUCUCCGCAACAUCGUUCUUAAUAAGCAGGUGUAUGAUCUAGCAGCCCCACUGGAGGCCGUUAAUAGCUCCCCAGGCUGUGUGAGGAAGGGUACAGCUUGCUCAUCACCUGUACCCUGCGACUUUCCUUGCGUCAGUGACCCCUGGACCCCCAGCUGUGAUUGCCCACCCGCUCACCAGGACUGCGGAAAAGAUGUCCACGAACACUUCUUCCAUCCUGGAGGCCACAUCCAGUACCUGCUCCCUCAUUCUCUCCAUCCGCAGCGGACACAUUUUCAGGCAACGUUAAGAACACGCAACGCCGACAGCAUCAUCCUGCGUUUGUCUUCUAAGGCCCGGAGCGAAUCCAUCCACCUGCAGGUGAGGCAUGGGCUUCUAACAGUCUCCUACAAUCUCAGUGAUGGUCCCAACACAGUCACACUUCCCGACCAUGAAAUAUACACUGGAGAGUAGAAUGAUGUUGGCUUGGAAAGGAUGCAGAACGAGUUCACGCUUCGCUUUAAUGGAGGAGGGGAGCACAGAGAGAUAACAGCAGCUCACGGGACCUACAAAGAAAUUAAAGUCGAUCCGAGAGGCACGAUUCUGGGAAGUAUCAACCAAUCGGGUUAUCAAGGUAAAAAAAAACAAUAGUUACUGAUAGUAA